AUGGAAGUUGAUAAAGAAGAUAAACCAGUUGAUAGAGUCAUUGGUGAAGAUGGAAAGGAAAGAUUAUAUACAGAGGAUAUUAGAAAGGGUGUAUUGCCAUCACGACAAAAAGGUCGUGGUCAUGACGACUCGGAGGAAAGAGAUACCGAUAGUAGAUAUGCAGGUUCAGAUGGUGUGUUUCAAGUAUUGGAUAAACAAGAAGUAGAUAUCACACCGGGUGAACCAAUCAAAUCAAUAGAAGGAUGGAUCGUCAUCAUUGACAACAUACACGAAGAGGCUCAAGAAAGCGAUUUGCGCGAUCUCUUUGCAGAAUAUGGACCCAUCAGAAAUAUACACCUAAACUAUGACAGACGUACUGGUUUUAGUAAAGGUUAUGCUUUGAUUGAAUACGAGAAACAUCAAGAGGCUGAAGAAGCCGUCAAACAAAGUGGAAAAAUACAACUAGCUGGCAAAGAUCUCACUGUCAAUUGGACAUUUGUUGGCGGCAAACCUACAAGUGCUACUGGUGUCAUUCAUUUUAGAACAAAUAGAUCAAUAAAUAGAGAAAGAGGUGGUGAUCAAAAUGGUGGAAGAUCAAGAAGAAGAGAAUCUGGUGGUGGAAAUAAUAAUAGAAGGAGAAGUGAUAAUAGAGGUUAA